AUGAGUAUCUUUGACAAGACUAUAAAAGUUGUAGCAAAUAUCUCUAGAGAGGCUACAGAAAUUGCAGAGAAUAUUUCUAAAGAGGCUUCUAGAGAGAUUACAGAAAUUGCAAUAAAUAUCUCUAAAAAGACUUUUAAGAAAACUACAGAAAAUAUAAACAAAAUUAGCAACAGUAAUAAAAGUUCUAAUAACAAUGAUAGUUCUAGUAGUAGUGUAAAAUCAGAAGAAAUUAAAUAA